CUCUGGCUCUCUGCGAAGUGUAGAGUGAUUACAGUUUUUAAUCUCAAACAGAGGCGGAUUAAGAAAACGAAAGGCAAACAGUGGUGUAAAGGAAGGAUGUGUUCAUCGAGUCAUGCACCCACAAGGAGCAAGAUCACUGAAUGCCCAUGCCAGGAUGCCCAGGAUAGGGUGUAUACAAUUAUUUAUCAUACUUAACUUGAUGAUCUCCGCCGUUCCGGCCAUCAAGUAUGAACCCAACUGGAACUCUCUUGACUCUAGACCUUUACCAGCCUGGUAUGAUGAAGCAAAAGUUGGUGUUAUGGUGCAUUGGGGUGUCUACUCUGUACCAAGUUUUGGUGGACAUGGUGCUAUUCCCGCUGAGUGGUUCUGGUGGUAUUGGAGAGGGGACACUCCUAAGAAACCUAUCCUUGAUUUCAUGAAGGAGAACUACGCCCCAAGCUUUACUUAUGAGGAUUUCGCUAAGAUGUUUACAGCAGAGCUGUUUGAUCCUGAUCAUUGGGCAGAUAUCUUCCAGUCGUCUGGAGCCAAAUAUGUUGUGUUGACCAGUAAACACCACGAAGGUUUCACCAACUGGCCAUCCAAGUAUUCAUGGAAUUGGAACUCAAUGGAUGUUGGACCCAAAAGAGAUCUUGUUGGAGACCUUGCUACGUCAAUCCGUAAUAGGACUGAUCUUCACUUUGGCCUCUACCAUUCCUUAAAGGCGUGGUUUCAUCCUCUCUUUGAAGAAGACAAAAUGAAUAAAUAUCAAACCUCUCAGUACGCUCAGAAAGUAGCCAUACCUGAGUUAUAUGAAAUUGUCAAUAUGUACAAGCCGGAGAUACUAUGGUCCGAUGGUGCAAAUGAGUAUUAUGUUAAACCCAACUACUGGCAUAGCACUGGAUUCCUUGCAUGGCUUUACAACGACAGUCCAGUGAAGAAUGUCGUGGUAACCAAUGAUAGAUGGGGUACCAACACAACCUGUAAACAUGGAGGGUUCUACACAUGUGGUGACCACUUUAAUCCAGGUGUACUACAGAAACAUAAGUGGGAGAAUGCUAUGACAAUAGAUAAGAUGUCUUGGGGUUAUCGUCGAGAUGCUCAAGUCACUGACUACCUAGACAUGGAGGAUCUUACCAGACUUCUUGCAGAAACUGUCAGUUGUGGUGGUAAUCUCUUGGUGAACGUCGGUCCAACCCAUGAUGGUCGUAUUGUUCCAAUAUUUGAAGAGCGUCUGCGUCAGCUGGGUUCUUGGUUGAAGGUGAAUGGUGAGGCCAUCUAUGCAUCCAAGCCAUGGAGGGCACAGAAUGACACCAAGACUCAAGGAAUUUGGUAUACAUCAAAGAAACAAGGAAAUUCAAUUGUGGUAUACGCAAUCCUGUUAGACUGGCCAGACAACAAUAGUCUCUUGCUUGGUGUGCCAAAUACUAGUAGCAAUACAACAGUUACGAUGCUGGGUCACAAGGGGGCACUGCAGUGGAAACCUGGACAAGAUGAUAGAGGAGUUUUUGUGGACUUGCCGAGUUUGAAUACAUCUCAGAUGCCAUGUCGAUGGGCAUGGGUGCUGAAAUUGGACUGUGUUUCUUAGCAAGCAUUAAAAGGAUCAGCCGUCGAUUUCUCCAAACUCUUCCUAACUAAUGAUGAAUCUUAGGACUUAGGACGAGUUAAAUUCCGUA